GCGCCGACUCCGAGCGCCGUGCCUCGAUGGUACUAAUUCAAGUAGUAAACACAAAACAUUGAAUCUUACUGCUGACUGCCGAUUGCUUUAGUAUUUAGAGUCCAGUAGUCUGUAGUCAUUAGUGGCUAGUGCAAUAGUGUGCACUACUGGUUACUUCAGUCGUAGUCGAUAGGAGCGUGUAGUUGUUAGAUGUUUUUAUAAAAUAUAUACAUUAGUUAAUUGUGCAUUGUUCAAUUUGGGUAUUUAUAAUAUUUUUUUUUACACAAUUUUAAGAGUUUAUUAAUAAGUUUAAGACUGGAGAAGUCUGCAGCAAUCGGAAAAUGACUGACUGACGUUAAGUUUUCAAUGAAAAAUGAUUAUUCUAGAGACAUAAUUACCGGAUAAUUUUUCAAUAAUAUUACGAAUAUCUCAUCGGAUCCAGACUCUGCCGUACAAUGAAUAGAUCGUCGUAACACCUACCCUUCCAGCUGAUUAUCAGUUUAUUGACGUCUUCUUUGCACCAUAUUGUACGAUUUCUUCAGAAAUUCACAUUUGGGUGUUUUGGAUUCAAUAGUGGCAGGUACAAUGUCAAAAGUCAUUGAUCUAUAUGAGUUCCUGCUGGAAGCAGAACUUCAUCAGUACUAUUCAGAGAUCAAGAACGAUUUGAAGGUAACAAAUGUUCCUCAAGUGAAGUUUGUUACCGAGAAUGACCUGUAUCAGAUAGGCAUGACAAAGCCAGAGAUCAGACGCUUGAAAAAGUAUUUCCAAAAGCAUUAUCCACAAAAUUAUUUUUCAAAGUUUAAAAAAUUAAUUUCUUCAAAAGAUAAUAAAGAACAGUGGAGUGAUAGUUCUGGUUCGCAAGAUACACUGAAGCCUAUUUAUGAAAAACGUGCACCAGCUCGUGUUCCCAACAAACAUAUUAUUCCAGCUGAUUCCAUAACUAUUAACAAGGAGUUAGGUGUAGGUGAAUUUGGUGUAGUCCAGCAAGGUGUUUGGACUAAUGAAGGAGACAGGAUUCAAGUUGCCAUAAAAUGUCUGAGCCGAGAACGUAUGCAAAAUAAUCCUGUAGAGUUUUUAAAAGAAGCAGCCAUUAUGCACAGCAUUGAUAAUGAACAUAUUGUACGAUUGUACGGAGUAGUUUUGGAUACUGAUGCCUUAAUGCUAGUAACAGAGUUAGCACCUUUAAGAUCUCUUUUGGAAUGUUUAAAAGAACCGUCACUCCGUGCAAGUUUUCCAGUAAUGUCAUUAUGUGAUUUUGCUGUACAAAUAUGUAAUGGAAUGCAUUAUUUGGAAACCAAAAGAUUAAUACACAGAGAUUUAGCUGCUAGAAACAUAUUAGUGUUUACAAAGAACAAGGUGAAAAUAUCAGAUUUUGGAUUAUCACGGGCACUUGGUGCUGGUAAAGACUAUUAUCAAACAAAUUUUAAUGUGAAUUUAAAAUUACCAAUUGCCUGGUGUGCACCUGAGUGUAUAAGUUAUUUACGUUUUACUUCAUCUUCUGAUGUAUGGGCAUAUGGUGUUACUUUAUGGGAAAUGUUCAGUUAUGGUUUUCAGCCUUGGGCAGCACUCACAGGACAACAGAUACUUGAGGCUAUUGAUGAACCCAAUUUUCAGAGAUUAGAGCAGCCUGAUUGCUGCCCAAAAGAAUAUUUCAAUGUUAUGACCAAAUGUUGGCAACAUGAUACUGCUAAAAGACCUAAAUUUUCUGAUUUGGUAUUAAUUUUACUUGAUUGUAAACCUGAGCAAGUGCAAACUGUUAUUAAUUUUGAAGAUAAAAAAAGAGAUAUGCUGCAAUACACUAUUGGAGAAGUUAUAACAGUACUCGAUAAAUCGCCUGGUGUUCCCACCUUAUGGAAAGGUGUAUUGUGCAAUGGAAAAACUGGUUUUUUCAAUCCUUCUAAUACUGUGGCUUAUUUAGGUUCAAAUUUACCAUCUAACAGAAACUCUGAAUUCACUAGAAAUGACUCAAAGUAUACAUCCCGACGAAGUCGUCUAAGGAUCGAUAUGAUAUCUUGUCCUCAAGGUGAUGUUAAACAUAUGGGACAUGUAGGUCUAGAUGGUGCAUAUUUUGGAGAUAUUGAAUUCAUGAGUACAAAUGCGCCAAAAUAUAAUCAUUUACCACAUCAAGUUGUUGCUCCAUAUAAACCACAAGAAGACUGUGCUAGUGUUAGUGAUUCACCAACUUCAAUUAAGGCUUGUUCGGAUCGUGCUCCUUUACUUUAUGGUGAUAAACCAGAAAGCAAAAAAAAUGUAGUGGACUUAACAACCUGGUUAGAUAAAAAUAAGUUGUCAAAAAUUUUAACUGACCAUGAAUACCAUGAAAUUAGUGAUGAAGAUACUGUUGCUGAAAGUCCUAGGUUUGAAAAAACUUUUGACUUCGGGCCAAGUCUUGUUGAAGAAAUGGAAACUAUGUUUAGAACUAUAAGUACUAAUGGAGUUAGUAACUAUGCUGUAUCUCCACCAAGGUCUCCACUUGAUCCUUUGGAUACAAAUCACAGAAAUGAAUUACGAGAAAUUGCCGCUACUAUUGCUGCUGCUGUAAAUUCAAAGUCAAAAAAGAAACAAGCUACGGUCAAACCAAUAUCUGCUUCUGACGAAAAGAGUCUUGAUUCUGCUAUUGCAAUGGCUAAUGAAAUGGCCAGUCGCUCUAUGGGAUCUGAUAUAGAACAACCAAAUCACCAGAUACCUGAAUCUCCGUCAUCGCCAAAUAAACGUAAAUUUAUGUUCAAAUUUCCACCUCCAAUUGGAUCUCUUACGAAAACUCAAAAACACGAAGCAAAGACGUUCACUGACGAAGCUGCUUCCAUUCCGGACAUUCAGGGAUGUUUAACCGAAGAAGCUAAACAAGCAUAUAAUGGUCUUAUCGAAAAACCUACUACCGCAAUAGACGGUGGCGUUACAAACUCGUUGAAAAUACUAAAAAAAUCCAUAACUCCAGUGGCUAAACCGAAAUUCAGGCUAAACAAGAAUGACAAUGGAACUUUGCAGUCUGGCAACACCGUACCAUCAGAAGAUAUCGAAAAUGAUUCAAACUGUAACAUCAUACCGUUACCACCUAAAGAUCCGAGAGCCGUACAGCAAAUGACGGCGUUGAAACCAAGACACCAGAGGAAGUAUCCAUUGGUCAUGCCAAACUCCAGCAGUGGUGGUUCGACAUGUCUAGGAGCUUGCACGACGAUGGUUUCAGAUUUGGAAAACAAAAAUGAUGUUGUAGAAAGAAAUCAUUUCCAAGAUCAGAUUACUCCUGAAGUGAGUUUUGACGAGAGAAUCGCCUUAGAAUUAGACGCUCUGGACCACUUGGGCGCCGUUGAAUCACCGGUCGCCGAACGGCAAAUGCACACUUUCCCGGUAAUGUAUGAACCUGGCUGUGACGAUGAGGAGAACUGUGAACAGAAAAAAACGUUUGACAAAGGUGCUGAUGUUGAGAGUCGACCGGAACAUAGCCGGGGCCUGGACUGCGAUGAAGUCAGAAUAAUGAUCAAAGUUCUUGGGACCAAAGUGUCCGGCGAACAAUGUUUGGACAAGUUAAGAGCUACUGGUUGGGAUGUACACCACGCGAUAAAAUUGGCCAAAUUGGAAGCAGCUCUGGAGGCCGGGGGCUAUGUCAAUAUCAAGCACAGUGUGUGCUUGAACGCUUUGGAAAAUACCAAUUGGGAUAUAGUCAAAGCGGCCAGUGGUAUUAUCGAUAAUAUGAUGGCAACUAUAAAUAAUAGUAGUAUCUUAGUGUAAGAUCAGCAGUAUACAACGUGCCAAACUACUUAUCCCAACGCAAUAUUUAAAAUAUAUUUUGAAUAACGUUUUUUAUUUUACUUUUUUUUUGUUCCGGGAAAUGAAUUAUUUAUUA